AUUCGACGUCACCUUUUUUAUACUUCACCAUACAUGAGUUUUGAUUAAAAGAGCGUCAAUUCUGUUACGGCGGGGUUAUUGAAAAAAGAGAAAGAAAGAAAGAAAGAAAUUUUAUAUUGAUAAACACCAGAGGAUAUACACAUCUCUCUCCACGCUCUCUUUAGACAAAUCCGACCUACUCGCAACUCUCCUCGCCCGGUCUCCCUUCUAGAGCUCGUCCUAGUCUCUCUUCCUCUUUCCCUCUCUACCAAUGUCAACGCCGCGACUCCUCCUGCGCCCUCCGCGCGUCUUCCCCUCCUCUCUCCGACCACGACCACACCACCAGCAAUAUCAACAUCAACAACCACAACCACAACCACAACUUUCCCCUCCCCGGCGCUCCUUCAUCUCCACCCCGAAAACCGUCCGCGCCAAGCGCCGCCUCCCCUACGACCACCAGCGGCUAUACGAAAUCAUCGCCGACGUCGAUUCUUACGUGCGCUUCCUCCCGUACUGCAAAGAGUCCCGCGUAACCCGGUGGACCGACCCCAUUCCCAACCACUCCUCCUCCUCUUCUCCUCCUCCUACCUCCUCCCCCCCUCCCCGCCGCUGGCCCGCCGAAGCCUACCUGACCACGGGCUGGGGCGGGCUGGAGGAGACCUACACGAGCCGAAUAUUCUGCGUCCCGUCCCUCGGCAUCGUGGAAGCCAUCAGCGGGGACGCGCGCACGGAGAUCCCGUACCCGGAGCUGGUCCGGCACGGCCUGCUGGACCCCGCGGCCGACGCCCAGGCUAGCCAACGGCCGGGCGUGUUCAAGAGCCUGGUGACGCGGUGGACGGUGGAGCCCGCGGAGGCCGCCGUCCGGGACGACCGCUUCCAGAGGCCCUGGAGCAACGUCAAUCUCAGCGUUAGGUACGAGUUCGUCAACCCGCUGUACACCGCCUUCACCAGCGCCCUCGAGGACAGGGUCGUCGCCGCCAUGGUCGAGGCUUUCGAAAAGCGGGCCGAGAGCGUCCUGAAGGAGACGAGGAGCGACCCUGGGGCGGCGCGGUGAGGGUGAAAAAUGUUUAAGUUAGAUUAGGUUAGGUUAGGUACCCGAUUGUAUAUAUCUUGCGCGACCUACCUACCAGGCCCCAUACUAAUAUCGUUUCGUUUCCCUCUACGAUACUUGUUAGCACUAGCUAGGUACCUUGGUA